GAUUCGUUUCCGCUGUGCCAUGACGAGAACUCCUGCAGUGGGAUUCUUAACCCACUGCACCACAGGGGGAGCUCCUACUCUCUUAAUUUUCAAGUAUAUAAGGCGGUAUUGCUAAUGAUAGUCACCAUCCUGUGCAUUAGAUCCCUAGACCUUAUUUAUCUUAUUUACCUAAAGGGUAUAAUUUAUACCCUUUGACCAACAUCUCCCCAUUUCCUCCACUGCCAGCCCCUGGCAACCACCAUUCUACUCUCUAUGUCUAUGAGUUCAGCUUUCUUAGAUUCUAGAUAUAACCAAGAAUGUACAACAUUUGUCUGGGAUUUUUUUUUUUUUUAAUCUUUUCUUUUGUCCGGGAAUUUGUUUUUAAAAGGCAGCAUGGCUGCCUGUCAGGAAAGAGCAAUCUAAAUAACUACAUGCAGACAAGUUUGUCCAAGAUAAUAACAGGCUUCGUAGAGGGGGCUAUGGGGUCCUUUGAGAAGAGUGACAUUUCAGAGAAGUGACAUUGGCGAGGGGGAAGGAAUCCCAAGCAGGGACACAGCUAGAGCAAAUGCACGAGGCCCGAGGCUCUGGAUCUCCAGGAGCUGCAGGCUGUGCUGGGCAAGUGGCGGGGUGGUUGGAAGCAGCUGGCCUUUGUCCUGAAGGUGACAGGCAUCACUGAAGAGUUUUGAGCGGGAGUAGUUAGUGUUUUUAGAGGUGUCUGGGGAGAGGGGACGGUAAGCCUGGGGGCUAUGUGGGAUGGAGGAAAGAGAUUCUGGGGCCUUUUGUGUUGCAGAGCCUGCAGGACUUGGUGAUUGAUGGGAUGUGGAGCCAAAGGGGCAGGAGGUGCCAAGGGUGACGCUAGCUUAGGGGACGUUGCAAUGGGCAAUUCCAUUAUCAGACAGGGCUGGAGGGCAGUGGUGGCUGCAGAAAGCCAUUCCUAUGGCCAGAGGACUCUGUCGUCUCACCCCUGCUGCCCUCUCACUCGGCCUCUUCAGGGCCUCCUUCCGGGCAGUGGGACAAGCCCUCCUCCUUUCUCUCCCCCCACUCACCAUCCCAGUGUGGAGACAGCAGCUGGGUGGGAAAAAUAACCACAACACCAGAUACCAAUGGCCAGAAACAGGCUGCCCAGAGGGGUGGGGCCCCCUUCACUCAACAUUCCUCUUCUCACCAUCCUCAUCCCCUGUAUGCUGGGUAGUUUGGGGGUUCACCAGGAGACAUGAUGCCUGGUACCCCCCCUCUGGGUUGUUAAAUAGGACCUGGGAAGUCAUUGGCCCACCAGUCAUCUGUCCAUCCAUCACCUUGCCCUCCAGCCAUACACUGGACCCGCGCAGGAUGCUGGGAUUCUGCACUGAGCGCUCACAGUCCAGGUGGUAGACAGCCAGGGGGCCGGACCUUUCCCACCACCUGCUAGAAGGCGUGAGCAGCGCUGUGGGAGCGCGGGGGAGUGAUGGCGGUGACUGGAGCAUGGAUGAAACAUCCUCGGAUUUCUGGGAACCCUGGAAUCCUGGGGCUCCAGCGGAGAACGUGUGUUCCAUUAGCCUAAUUAUUUCUGAACCUGGUUCAGGCCAGGACCCCCAGCACCCACCCACAUCCAUGGAUUCUCCUGGCUCCUUGGCUCUGAGAGCUGGGGGUGGGAGAGGCAGGUCACAGCAAGAGGAUGCUAGCCACUGCCCCGGGAUGGGGGGUGGGGACCCCAGCCAUGCCCCUGCUGAAGAGGGGACAGGGCCACAGUCGAGAGCCCUUAGGGCGCCGCUGACCGGUGCAGCUCCGCAGCUCCCGCCUCGGCAAAGAGAGCCGGUCACACCUACUUUCUGAAGGCUGCGGGGCCAAGUGGGCUGCCAGUCCCGUGGCAGCCAGGCGGGGGCGCGCCUGCCCUGCGCGGGUGCUGAAGGCGUGGGGGUGGGACGGCCCGGUCACGCCCCUUCGAGGCUCCCUUUCUGGGAGUUCUCCUGGAGCUGUCACUCUGAUUAGGGGUCUGUGGGGCUGGCGCCUUGCACAGUGACAGGCCGUCAGGGGCAGUGAGGCGGGAGCUUCUCCGGAGGGUCUCACCCCUGAGGCCGUCUGAGGGAGGGAGAAGGGGGGCGGGGGCGGCUCUCCCCGCUGUGAGCUUCCUCGCCAGGGCCUGGGUCCAAGGCCUCCUGCUCAGCUCCCCACCCUGAGUGAGCCUGGAACACAUCUAGGAAGGGGCACAGGAUGGGGGAAACAGCAGGAACCCCACCCUUCCCCAUCCCCUUUUCCAGAUACUUCCACCACUGUCCCUGCCCACACUCCUCCACACCUGUCUCCCACAGCAGGCCCUUUCAGCCUUCAGGAAUGUGUCUGGAGCCCUCUUUCACCUGCCCUGCCCCUCCUCUCAUGAGUGUGUGUGUGUGUGUGUGUGUGUGUACACACGUACUCACGUGUACAAGCGCCAGCAGCCUCUGCCCCAAUAUGGCUGAACUCAACAACCCUCUUAACCAGCACACACACACACACAUACACACACACACACACACACCCCUAAACAAUUUUAGGUAGUUCUUGAACAUUUGCAGAGAGAAAGGUUUGCUGCCUCAAGCCUCCUUCCAGGCCUCCAUCACAGGGCUUGGGGGACCCUUGGACCUUGGGGCACAAAGAGCCAUGAGCUACCCCCAGCGCCAAGUUGCGCGUGCGCCUUGGAGAGGACCUAUUUGCAGCGCAGCAUCCCCUUCUCACCCAGCCCUCCCAGGGCAGAGAUGAUUGGCCUUCAACCCUCACUUUAGCCAUUGAGGCUCUGGAGCUCAGAGAGUGUAAGCCGCAGACCUAAGGCCACACAGCUGAGUUCUGCUCCCAGCAUCUGACUCUAAAUCCUCUCUCACAUGCCCUCCCCACCUUGCUGCUGAGGAGAGCAGCAUAGGAGAGAUUGAGCCUUAAUAUUUCAGGAACGGGGAGGAGAGAUGGUCCAGAGCAGGCCGACCUGACCGGCUCCCAGGACAGGCACUUCGAGUGCUCACGACCAUGCCUUUGUGUUCUCACCUGAAAACUGGGGAGAUGCCAGUUGUCUCCUGCUCUGCCUGGCCUGGCUAGGGACAGGAAGGGGAGCCUCCUACAUCCAACUGGUUCCUCCCCCAGUCUCUUGGCAGGACUGACCCAGCCGCCCAAUUCAAAGCCCACCUUUGUCCCUCAUCAAUGCAACAUGAUACCAGAGGGGAGAGAAGGGGAUUUCAGAAGUGACUUAAGCUCUGGCUUACCCAAAUGGCCAGAGGGGCCUUGGGUGAGGAGUGCAGGGUAGACACUAAGGGGGACAGGCAAGCAGAGAUGGAGUCGACGCUAAUGGGUUUCAGCAGCUGUACCAGACACCCCUGUCCUUUUGAGGACAUGAAGGCAUCAGAGUGGCAGGUGGAGGCUGUCCCCUGCCCUGUGUCUUCAGACCUCCCCAACUCCUGAUCUAAUCAGUACCCCCACCCCUGCCAGUCUCCCCUCCAAGUCUUUGACUGCAGAGGCCUGUGGCUGCCUUCUGAGCCGCAGAGAUCAAAGACCUUGAGCUUGGGUCACGCCUGAGUCACUGACUUGAUGAGCUUUGCACCCCCCACUCCCUGCAGAUGGAUUAAUUUCAGUCUCAUCGGGAGGCCCCAGAAGCCCUCCAGCCUGUCCCCCCACGGCUUCAGUGUCUCCCAGGGUUGCUGGUUCCUCCUCGGUGCCCCCCACCCAACUCCUCCUGAGGCCAUUGAGUGCCUUUUCACCUUGUCUCCCCCAAGGCCGUUGAGAAGUUCUGGCAGUCUAACCAGGGCAUCCUGCUGCUCUUCUUAAGUGGCAGGUGAUGGACAUGCCCUCGGUCUCCUUGGACUGUCAUCACACCCCCCCCAAAACAGGUGUGAACCUGACCCUCAGCACCUCCCCCCAGAAGCAUUAGGAAAGGCAAGCAGUCUGAGUGGAGAAUUAGGGGGCUUAGCUGAGAUCCCUGCCCCCGCAGAAGACAAAGGUUCUGUCUGUCUCUGGAGGUGGGGAGUUAAUUAGCUCUGGGCUGAAGUUUCCUUCCUCUCCCCACACCAGCAGGUCCUUCCCCCACUAGAGCCCCUUCCUAACCUGUAUUCAGGGGCCACCACUGGCAACCCCUCCCCAGACCUUCUUUGUAGAUCCAAUACUGGCUGCUCCAGAGAUUACGAGGUUAUUGUCUGGUGGAGACAGGAUGCUGAGGGGGUGGGGGGCUAGGAUGGGGGCCUGGGCUUGGAAUGCAAGACUGGAUCCAGCUGUGGGUUGGCCCUCUCCUCUCCCACAUUCCAUCCCCCCCCCCAGGCACCAGGUGCUCAGGUGAGUUGAGAGCCAGCAGCAGGUUUCAGGAAGAGGAGGGGGAGGGAGGAAGGAACAAAGUAAGGAGAGAAAAGAUGGGUGGGGAGGGAAGGGUGCGGGCAGACAGGUAGGGGUGUCAGAGGCUCUAGCUGAUCCGAUGAAGCCCCCUUCCUGGCAUUGCCCAGGUAAGUAGGUCCAGGUACUGAAUGACCAGGGGCAAGCCAUCUGGGCUCCCUUCCCCCAUCACCCUGGCCAACACUCUGGGACCAAGUGGUAACCCCUCUCUGAGCCUCAGUUUCCCCUGCAGCCAAAGGAGGUAAAUGUACAGGGAUAGGGGAGGGGCAGAGGAGGAGCAAGACUGGGCAGGAGAGCGGGAAUCCUGCGGCAGCCAGCCCGGGGCAGGGCUUCGGAGGUCAGCAGGCAGAGAAGGGGCCGGCAGCACCUCCCUUCCUGGAGGCCUCUGUGAGCAGGGUCAACUCUUCACUUCAGUGUAAAAGGCGCUGGGCCCCCUGACACCCUCCCCUGUCCCCAGCCCUGUGGGGAGGGAGGCGCCCGGUGCUGGCCACCGACUACCACUGGUGGCUGGGAUGGGAAACCUGGGAAGCGGCAGCUCCUUCCUGGUGAGGCGAGCUAGAGCCUGGCUUUCCAGCAGAAGCAGGAGUCCCUCCCUCGUGCCCUCCCCUCCUGUCCCUCGCAUCCCCACCCCUCCCCUCUUGUCACUCUGCCUGGGUUUCAUUUGCUCCUCACUCCGCGCUCCUCUGCUCAUCGCUCAGUGGUGCUUCCAAAGACAGAGAAUGCUCUUAGGGGCUGGAGGCCCUGGGACUGGGAGCAGAGUUCCUCUCGUGACUGGGCUUGGGGGGAAGCAUCUGGAAUACCAAGGCCUCCACAAUGCUGACCAGCCCAGAGUCUCCCACCGGCAGAGCAGAAAUAAACUUUCCUGGCUAAGUUAGAUGGAUGGUCCCCAUUAGCCCGGAAGGCGGGGCCCCUCUUCCUGCCUCCCCACCCAUUCCCCUCGUCAAGGGAGGGGCCUCGGUGUGCGGGGGGAGGCUGGGGAGCGAGAGCACUUGGGUGGGGGUUGGGAGCGCCCUGCCCCUGGAGCUGGAAUGGUGCCCCCCGGGAAGAAACCAGCCGGAGAGGCUUCCAACUCCAACAAGAAGUGCAAGCGGUACUUCAACGAGCACUGGAAAGAGGAGUUCACCUGGCUGGACUUCGACUACGAGCGGAAACUGAUGUUUUGCCUCGAGUGCCGCCAGGCCCUGGUGCGGAACAAGCAUGGCAAAGCGGAGAACGCCUUCACCGUGGGCACCGACAACUUCCAGCGCCACGCCCUGCUGCGUCACGUGACCUCGGGAGCCCACCGCCAGGCUCUGGCCGUCAACCGGGGCCAGCCCCCUUUUGAGGGCCCGGCAGAGGGGGGCGGGGCCUGCCCGGGCCGGGCGGCCACCCCCACCCCCAGGGGCGUCAAGGUGGAAGCGGACCCCGCCAAAGUGGCGGUGCUGACCACGGUGUACUGCAUGGCCAAGGAGGACGUGCCGGACGACCGCUGCGCUGCCCUGCUCGAGCUGCAGAGGUUCAACCUGUGCCAGGCGCUGCUGGGCACGGAGCACAGCAAUUACUACAGCCCCAGGAGGGUGAGGGAUAUGCAGGUGGCCAUUGCCAGUGUCUUGCACACAGAGGCCUGCCAGCGCCUGAAGGCAUCCCCGUACGUGGGGCUGGUGUUGGAUGAGACCAGGGACUGGCCCGAGUCCCACAGUCUGGCCUUGUUCGCCACUUCAGUGUCCCCCUGCGAUGGCCAGCCUGCCACCACCUUCCUGGGCAGUGUGGAGCUGCAGGAAGGCGAAGCCACUGCUGGCCAACUCCUGGACAUCCUGCAGGCUUUUGGCGUGUGUGCAUCCAAGCUGGCCUGGCUCAGCUCAAGCCUCUCCAGUGACCGCCUGGGGAGUGUGGGCCCACAGCUCCGGGCCGCCUGCCCGCUGCUCACUGAGCUACACUGCCUCCCAGGCCGGACAGAUCCCAAGCCCCCUGCCUACCUGGGUGAAUAUGAAAGCGUACUGGAUGCCCUAUUCCGCCUCCACGGUGGCCCCACUUCCCACGUGGUCCCCGAGCUCCGGGCGGCAUUGGACCUUGCAGCUAUUGACUUGGCAGGACCACGGCCAGUGCCCUGGGCUUCCCUGCUGCCUGUGGUGGAAGCAGUGGCUGAGGCGUGGCCUUGCCUGGUACUCACAUUGGAGGCCUCUGCUCCAGCCUCACCUACAGCCAGGGCACUGGCCCUUGCCCUGCGCCAGUUCACCUUCGUGGCCUUCACCCACCUCCUGCUGGAUGCCCUGCCCUCUGUGCAGAAGCUCACCCUUGUCCUGCAGGCAGAAGAGCCAGACUUGGCCUUGCUGCAGCCUCUGGUGAUGGCAGCCGCAGCCUCGCUCCAAGCACAGCGCAGCUCAGCAGGCCCGGCCUCCGGCGUCCCCAGCCCCCUGCUGGCCUCCCUGCCCCUGCCCACCAGGCCUCUGCAGCCCCCGCUGGACUUCAAGCACUUGCUGGCCUUCCACUUCAACGGCGCCGCCCCGCUCACUCUCUUCCCCAACUUCAGCACGAUGGACCCAGUCCAGAAAGCUGUCAUCAGCCACACAUUCGGGGUCCCCUCCCCUCUGAAGAAGAAGCUCUUCAUAUCCUGUAACAUCUGCCACCUGAGGUUCAACUCAGCGAACCAGGCCGAAGCACAUUACAAAGGCCACAAACAUGCCAGAAAACUCAAGGCUGUCGAAGCCGCCAAGAGCAAGCAGAGGCCACAAACCCUGGCCCAGGAUGGGACGCUGGUGUCCCCAACCCCAACUCCAGCCAGUGGAGCCCCUGAAGAGCCGUGGAGCAAAGCUGUUCCUGCGGCACCUCCUCCUGGCCCCGAACUCCAGGCCCCCCUGAGUCCGGAACCCACACCCAGGGAGCCGGCCCACUCAGACCUCCUGGAUGCUGCCUCCUCCUCUUCCUCCUGCCCACCCUGCUCCCCAGAACCUGGGAGGGAGGCGCCAGGGCCUGAACCGGCGGCCGCCGCUGUGGGAAGCGGUGUGAGUGGGGAAGGAGGGAGCGAGAAGGGGCGCCUCUACUGCCCCACGUGUAAGGUGACCGUGAACUCCGCCUCCCAGCUUCAGGCUCACAACACAGGAGCCAAGCACCGGUGGAUGGUGGAAGGUCAGCGAGGUGUUCCCCACAGAGGCCGGGGCCGCGCUAUGCCCCGUGGAGGCGCUGGACACAAGGCCAAGAGAGUGACCGGGGCGGGGGGCCGACAGGGGCCCAGCCCCCCUUUCCACUGUGCUCUCUGUCAGCUCCAGGUCAAUUCAGAGACCCAGCUCAAGCAGCACCUGAGCAGCAGGAGGCACAAAGACCGCCUGGCAGGGAAGCCCCCCAAGCCCUCCAGCCAGCACAGCAAGCUGCAGAAGCACGCAGCGCUGGCUGUGAGUAUCCUCAAGUCUAAACUGGCCUUGCAGAAGCAACUCACCAAGACGCUGGCAGCCCGCUUCCUGCCCAGCCCGAUCCCCACCACAGCGGCCAUCUGUGCCCUGCCAGGGCCCCUGGCCCUCCGGCCUGCCCCCACAGCGGCCACCACUGUCUUCCCCGCCCCCAUCCUGGGCCCAGCCCUGUUUCGCACCCCAGCGGGAGCUGUUCGCCCAGCCACGGCACCCAUCGUCUUCACUCCCUAUUAGCCCUCCUGGGGAGCCCCGGGGCCGACCUCCCAGGAGUUGCUCUUCCCCUCCUCCUCUUCCUGAGAGGCCUCAGUUCCUGACACCCCACAGGAAGCCACCUUUUACAGCCUGGGGGUCCUGCCCAUUCUGGGAAGGGCUGGGGUCAUGCCAAGAGCUGCUGCCCUUCACUCAGUCUGCACAGGGGACUCCACUCUAGCCCGCCCUCCCACCUGCCCAGAGCCCAAGGACCAUCCAUCUGCACCCUCCCUCCCCCCAGGCUUCUAGGGCUAGUCCUGGGCAACCCUACAUUUCCAUCCUGACUUAUGGGGUGCAAACUGGGAAACCCAAAGAUCUAUGCAAAAUCCUAGCCCCAGCCCCAUGGUGCUCUCAUUCCCCCACUCAAGACCUAUACCCACGUGGCCAUCGCCCCAAGGAAUCUUCUCCUAGCCCGAGGACAAGACCGUGACCUCUAUUCCCGUGUCUUGGGCGGGGAGGCCCUCCCCACUCACUGGAUUCUCCAGAGAAUCACAGAGGUGAGGGAAGGGGUCUCAAGCUGGGAUGAGUCAGGGCCACCUGGACAAGGUGACCCUGAGGGAGCGGCGGAAGGGUGUGGAAGCCAAAGGGAGCAGUGCCAAGUGGGGCGAAGCCAAGGAGCUGCUGGGGUUUUCAUCUGCUGGCAGGACAGGGCUAGUUUUCAUGGAGGGAGUGAUCAGUUGCACACAAGGUCUCCCUUCUUGGCCUUUCAUUGAUUCCCCCUGAAUCCCAGCUCCCUGGCAGGAAAAUGGGUGAUGCUGGGUUUCCCUCAGACCAUGGACCCAGCUAAUGCUGAAUCCCCCCGGGGCUCCCCAGUGGAGAGCUUUCCGCUCCAGGUCCUCAACCCAAACUGGCCCCAGCACUUGGUCCCGCUUUCCCUGCCCUGACCAGCACCCCGAGCCCCCCCUCACCAUGAAUCUGAGUGUGGGGAUCCAGUUGGGAAUCCACUCUCAAGACCCAUUUUCAGGCUGUCAAAGUCACUAUCACAACCUCCACCCCACCCCAGCACGGCUGCCCUCACCCCACAAUAUGGGACUUUGCCAGUAUCCACCUGUAUCUUCUUUCUUUAAAGUGGUACCCAAUGGGGGAACAAGAAAAAGGGGGGAGGGGAGGGAAACUUUUUGAUAACAGUUGUGGUUUUAUUGUGUCCAACACGUCAAUAAAUGAAUCUCACCCCAA